CGCUCUACACGACGAUGGCAGCAGAUACUCCCCAGCUUGGGACCAACGGCCAGCAGGGCCAUCUCGUUGUUGUCUCCAACCGUCUCCCUAUCACCAUUAACAAGGAUGCUUCAGGGGAGUACCACUUCAAGAUGUCCUCCGGUGGUCUCGUCUCAGCCCUCAGCGGCUGCAAAAAAUCCAUGUCCUUUACGUGGAUCGGUUGGCCAGGCUUCUUCAUCCCACCCAAAGAUCGCCCCAUCGUCGACAAGCGUUUGAUGGAGGAGUACUCGUGCCAGGCCGUCUACCUCGACGACGAGGUCGCAGACAGGCACUACAACGGUUUCAGUAACUCCAUCCUCUGGCCCCUCUUCCACUACCACCCCGGCGAGAUGAGCUUCGAGGAGGAAAACUGGCAGGCUUACAGACAGGCUAACUAUGCGUUCGCUGAAGCGAUCAUGAAGCAGCUCACUCCCGGCUCCAUGGUCUGGGUCCAAGACUACCACCUCAUGCUCCUCCCCAUGCUCCUUCGCGUGCUCAACGAUGGUGUGAAGCCUGGCUCAACCGAUGUCGAGCAGAUCUUAGAGGGCAUCGAAAGCGAGGACUUCAAGCCGGCAAAGGUCCCGAGGGUGAAGGUCGGCUUCUUCCUCCAUACCCCCUUCCCGUCCAGCGAGAUCUACCGAAUUCUUCCGGUGCGCAGGGAGAUCUUGCUGGGUAUCCUCUACUCCGACCUUAUUGGUUUCCACACGUACGAUUACGCUCGCCACUUCCUCUCUUCAUGUACACGCAUCCUUGGCUUGCCCACCAUGCCCAAUGGUGUCGAGUUCGCCGGCCGUCUUGCUCAUGUUGGAACCUUCCCCAUCGGUAUCGACCCCAGCUCCUUCACCGAGAACUUGAAGAAACCUAAUGUUCAAAAGCGCAUCCAGCAGUUGGAGCAGCGCUUCGGCGAUGUUAAGGUUAUCGUCGGUGUCGAUCGGCUGGACUAUAUCAAGGGUGUCCCGCAGAAGCUUCACGCACUCGAGCUGUUCCUAAGCCAGCAUCCAGAAUGGAUCGGCAAGAUCGUUCUCGCCCAACUCGCCGUCCCCUCGCGACAGGAUGUUGAGGAGUACCAGAACUUGCGGGCAACUGUCAAUGAACUCGUUGGUCGAAUUAACGGACGCUUCGGCACCGUCGAUUUCAUGCCGAUCCACUUCAUGCACAAGAGCUUGCCCUUCGACGAGCUGUGUGCGCUGUACGCCGUCAGCGACGUCUGCCUCGUUUCCAGUACACGAGAUGGUAUGAACUUGGUUUCGUAUGAGUACAUCGCUUGCCAGCAGCAAAAGCAGGGUGUAAUGAUCCUAUCGGAGUUCGCUGGUGCCGCCCAGAGUCUCAACGGAUCCAUCGUCGUCAACCCCUGGGAUUCUCAGCAGGUCGCCGACGCCAUAUUCGAGGCUGUAACGAUGGAGCCACAGACGCGUGCAGAGAAUCAUCGCAAGCUCUUCAAGUACGUCGAGAAGUACUCCGCAGCCUUCUGGGGCACCUCGUUCGUGAAGGAGAUGACGAAGAUUCCCUAUUUAGAAGAUGUCCACAGUGUGGAGGAGCUCAAAGAGUACGCUCUCAAAGACAACCAGGCGGAGCUGAAGGUGCACACCGAGGAUGCUGGCGGUCUCGAGGUAAACAAGAAGAGCAACGGCACCGUCACUGUGCCUUUGACGCCAACAGAGCCUGCUACGAUCGACAUGAGGGUGGCAUAGGCAGCCCAUGGCUCCGUCCUCAUGUUGUUAUAUCCAAUGCUGGGCUGCUCGGACAAGUAAUCUUAGCGCACUCCUACAUGGACUAGAUGAAAAGCGAAGAAUGUUGUAACAUCGUAGCUGCUAGCUUUACCCCCCGUAGACGCCUGACUAGCACAAACUUUCUUGUAUUAUGUUCUGCUCACAUACACCAUACAUGCGUAUGUAUUCCUCACUAUCUUCUGCUCUACACACAUGUGCAUAUCACGCGCUCUAAUGCAGCAUUCAAAUGCUAGUGGCUUUCCAAGUGCGCGUCGUUUCAUGCAGACGUAGGCGGCUUGAAGUCCUUCAGCCACUCGAGGACGAACUGGACCUCCUGCUCGUGGAUCGUGCGGAUGUUAGCGGGCUCCGCGGAAUGGUUCGUGAUGCCAUUCUCAUCGUAGUGGUGGACAGCGGAUGGGAUCAGCUUGAAUGGCCGGAGCGUCGUGUCGGGUCGUGGCUGCGCGAUGUCGCUGUGGGGCGUGUUCGGGCGCCAGGGGUCCUCUUGGCCGUCGAUGAUCGCCAGGUGGUCGGCGGCGAUGUUCAGGCCGCCGAGCGCGUUGACGGCUGUGACGUUCGGCAGCGGCGGGACAGUGAAGGACUCGCCCGGGGGGAACGCAAAGUCGCAGAUCAUGUGCGCGUAGUCUAGGUCCAGCAGCUUGGAGACGAUGCGCGGGUGGCCGGCUGGCGGCGCGGUGGAGAGGAAGCCGAACUGGGUGCAGACUUGGAAUUGCCAAGAUCUCCACGUCUGCGAGAGAUCAGUAGCCUGGUAUCCGCUGGCAUUGAAGCUUCCAAAACAAUCAUCCUGGGUAAGUGUGCUGGGACAACUAGACGAGAUCGUCGCGUUGAUGUAGUUUGCGUACGUGGCUGUCGCGUUGCUGACCCGAAUACCUUUCACAAUUUCUACCGUCUCCGACGUCGGGCUUCCCAGGAAGGUGCAAAAGUCGUCGAAGGCAGGAGAGUUCACGGCCGGGUCCCAGUUUUUGUCCUGCCAUGCACCCAGAGGUUCAGAAAUGAGCGAGACGACGUCCUGAUUGUGGGUGACGUUCGGAAGGCCGAACAGGGCCUUGAUGGGUUGGACGGCAUCUGGGUUCUCGAGCAGGUUGUCGACUUCGGUCACCGUGGUCUCGAUCUGGCUCACGCAGUCCGCAGGCGCAAAUUGCCUGAUGAUAUCAUAGUAUUGCCAGUCCACAACGGUCGCGUACGUGACGCCACUGGACGCGAUCGCGCCAUAGACAAGGUCCGGAUACCGAACUUUCAUGUGUGCAGCGCGCGAUCCGGCGUAGGAGCCCCCAUAAUAUACCCAAGGAGUCCCAGGGGCUGUCAGAUCCCCGGAGAUAUUUGCAAACUUCACAUUGGCAAGGAAAUUCGCGGAAUCAGCUAAUGCUUGGUCAAUGUUCAACCAUCUCAUCGAGUCCGUGGAGAAGUUCUGAACCGGGAUGGAUUGGCCGUAAUACCGAUGCUCGAGCACGACACCAAGCCCACCAGUUGCGUUUGCCAGAAUAUCAACGAUACCGGUAUCCAUGUACGGUAACCGGUCCGUGCCAGAGUCCUCACCGCUGUCCAAGAUGAUGACGGGCCCGCCAGCCUUGUAAUGUCUGUAGCUGACCCAGUACCGCUGCUCCCACGUGAAGCCUGUGUCAGUAGAGUGGUCGAGCGGUUGGGUGAACGUGAAGACGGGGAAGCUAGGCACGUCGACCGCGAGCGUUGUCGGUCCUAACGGGGCCUUUGGGAGACGUUGACGGUUGACCCACUGUGCGCCGGAGCGGGAGAGCGCGUGUAUAGGUGAGAAUAGCGCCGCGACGGUCACAAAGAGCCUGAUGAUCAUGGCAGCAAAAUGUGUUCCUUCGCUGGUUUAGACGCGCC